GGAACCAGGGCAUCCACAGACUACAGAACUGGAGGAAGACUCCAGCGGUCAGGAGAUGAAGCACGAGGACGUAGAGGUGGAUGUCUCAUUGGUCAAUGUUGCAGAUGUGAAAGUUGAAAAUGGUGAACCAGGACCAAACUGUAGCCCGCUCCUGUUGCACACUUCUCCUGAAGCUCAAAACAAAGAUGGGGAAGGGACUGAAAGUUUACACUCAGACUCCAGUAAAACUGCAGAUCCGGAGCCAAUGAGACGACAUGGUGACCACGAAGAUGCUGCUGUCCCAUCAGACAGCAACGAGUUCAUUGAAAGUAAUAUUUUAAUGGAUCACAUGAAGAUCCACACUGGCGAAAGGCCGUACCUGUGCAACACCUGCAACAAAACCUUUACUAGAUCAUCAUAUCUUAAACGCCACAUAACCAUGCACACGGGCAAGAAGCCCUACAUCUGCAAAACAUGUGGAAAAAGUUACAGGCUACGUUCAAACCUGGUGGAUCACUCGAGGACCCACACCGGUGAUAAGCCGUACCUGUGCCACACCUGUGGAAAAACCUUUACUCAAUCAUCACAUCUUAAAAGCCACAUAAUCACGCACACGGGCGAGAAGCCCUACAUCUGCAAAACAUGUGGAAAAAAUUACAGGCAAAAUUCCAACCUGGUGAUUCACUCGAGGACCCACACCGGCGAAAGGCCGUACCUGUGCAACACCUGUGGAAAAACCUUUACUAAAUCAUCAGUUCUUAAACAGCACAUAACCACACACACGAGGCGAGAAGUGAUAUUAGUGCAAGACGUGCAACAAAGGUUUUAGCCGCAGAAUUGAUUUGCUGAGUCACAUGAAAAAUCACCCGGAGGAGAAGUCUGGUGACUCGUGACAAAUUGCCGUCUCCACGGUGCAAAUAAAGAGCUGUUAGUAUUUGCUGAUGGUUCUUUAAACCUGGCAGUUUAUUUUGUUCAUCUACAAAGCCUCUCACAAGCCCUUUUUCCCGUCUGUUUCUUCUUCACUCACAUUCUCUUUGUAAAGUUAAUCUGCAGCUCCAUGUUGUUAAACUCUCUCCAUCUACUCCGUUCAGAGGUUAGUCCAAGUUUGAUAUAUUUACAUGUUCACUUUUUACAACGUUCAUC